AUUGCUGCGCUUUCAAAUUUUGAUCUCCCAAAAUUUCUCAAAAACCUCUGCAUAAUUUUCUUUUGUAAAACUUUCUGCAACCUCCAUGCCGAUCAACACAGGCGGCGGGAGAUCUCUUUGCAGCGACAGGCCCAGAACCGCCAGGAACCUAAGAGGAUUCGAAGCGCAGCGAUGGUUCGCGACAGAAUGGAUGAUCGAUGUUCCCGACCGCUUGAAUUCGGACUGGUAUGUAUGCGCUAGACCGGCUGGGAAACAUUGUUUGUGGUGUCAUCUAACGGUUAUUAGGUUACGAAAUGGUUGUUUGCUGCAUCAUUUUCCAUCUGCUUUACCCAAUGGAGCCAGUACCAAUAAUAGCAGCAGGUCUGGCCAAUCUUCUUGUAUACUUGACUGUAUAUUUCACGAGCUACAAGCUGAUCAGACUUACUACGUAAUUGACAUGGUUUGCUGGGCAGGAAUGCCAAUGUAUGAAUGCACCACCGUGUUCAGAUUUUUCUUGUUGAGCAGCAAGCUUGCAAUGAUACUUCACCUUAUGCAUAAAUACAGGUUCAUGACUCUGCUCGUAUACAACUGCGACAAGGAGGUUUUGUUCUACAAUAAACAUGCACAUUAUGAAUCAGGAAAUACCCCUUUGGUAUUAGUCUGGAAGGAUGAGAGUUGUGGCCGAUAUGUUCUUGAUACAGAUAGUAAUGGGAAGAUUUCGAAUCAGUAAUAGUUAGUGUAGGAGCUACUAGAUGAUGGGAGAAUGGCUACCUUAGAGUAUCCUCCUGUUAUAUAUGGUUGCCUGGACAAUGAUUUCGUUGAAAAGGUUUGUUAG